UGGGAUCAAAGCGGGUCAGCAACCACCCCAGGUUCGUAUCACACUUCAUGCACAAUGUUAGUUCCGAGAUUAAACAUCGGGUUUGUGUGCUUCCCCAUCAGUUCCCUCUCGGCAGUCACGUGAAUCACUGCAUUCGACGACAGUCAACAACUACCCGACUAAGCUCUCAUUGGGUGUGGGUACAAUUCCGUGUUGUACGUUGGCUGCAUGUACCCGCUGCUUCAAGACAUGGGGCGGGGUGUGCUUUGUUUGUGGCUUCUCAUGGCAUGCGUGCAUGGUGUGGACGCCUUUCAAUGGACGACUUCAGCGCGGAACGGGAGUGAGCUGAGUGCAUGCGAGGGUGAUGAUUUUAUCUUCCCUUGGAACUACACGCUGAACAGCAGUGAAUAUUGCAGGAUGUGGAGUGGUAUUCUAUCCAAGACAAUGGCACGAGGGUGCUGCUGGCCACAAUGGUGUCCGGCCACUUCCUUUCCCGCGCACUCCGCCCCCGUCUCACGCCGGUGCCAAUGGCCGGUCUGAAUGUCUCCGGCGUAUCUGCAGCCAACACCGGCAACUACACCGUCGUCGUCAACUACAUCAACGGCGGAAAGUCCACCACAGAAACUCAAACACUCAGGCUUCUUGUAGCAAUUGCCCCGAAGCUGGACUCUGGUCGCCUGGAGGUCCGGCACCUGCCCAACGCAACUCUCUCCCCACUGCACGCGCAGCUGUCGUGUGGUCAGUUUGUCAACCUUGGACAGCCGCCUGUCAGCGUGACGUGGCUGACUCCGUCCGGUGAAAACACCACCAGCACAUCCUCCGGCAAUGGUACGUUCCUCCUGUCUCUGCAGAACCCAGUGGAGGGCGGCAACUACACCUGCAUGAUCCUGCCCUCGGCCUCCGCCACCUGCGGAGCUCGUCACGGCAUACAGAACGUCUCCAGCCUCCUGGUGGACGGGACGACCACCCGCCUGCAGCUCAUCGAAGAACGACUCUCGGCGCUAGAACGACACGACAACUCGACACUCAAAGACUUCAACAGUCAGGACGACCUAUUGAAGACCUUGAUAGACUUCAACAACACGCUCAAUGACUGCGUACAACGGUCAGAGUUUAACUUUACGGACCAGUUGCACCAGGUGAUGGAAGCAACUCGCUGAGGUGAGGGUCGACAAUGCCAACCUGACCGAGACAGUUAACGACGCCAUCUCCAAGAUGACCUCUGUGACGACAGAGAACGCCGCUUUGAACAGAAGCAUCGAAGCAGCUGGCAGAAAGCAUCUCCAAAAUAUCUGCACAAGAGAGAGGGCGACAAACAAGUCUUGAAGAGCAGCUGAAGGAGUUGGUGAAUGCUGUUGUUCUCAAUCUGACCUCAAACAUCUCUGCACUCGACGAUCGGGUUUUGGUGUUGGCCGAGCAGGUCACUAACCUGACCGCGGCAAACGCCGACCUCCUGAGCAAGCUGGACCACCAGCAGUUUAUCAACGGCAAUAUUUCCUGCAAGUUCAGACUCUCGAGCAAGAGAUCGACAAUCUGAGAUCGAACAAUUCCAACCUCGGUCAGUACAUCAAUUCGUUAGAAGAGCAAAUGGCUAAUUCCACGAUUGGAUGCCAGAAGUUGAAAGAUGACAUGACAGAGCUGAUGAGUGAAGUCAGUAACUUGAUAUCCUACUGCGCAAACAUUCAGAGUCAACUGGAUGCGGAAGUGACGACAUGCGCCAAUGUUUCCCAGAGGGUGGUCGGCUCUCACAUCGAACAUAUCCGCAGUGAAGAUGGAGACAGAUAAUUUAACAAGAGUAGUUGAUGAACUGGACAGAGAAACUAAAAUCUUGGCAUCUCACACUGCUAAUGUUAGCGCCGCUGUUGACAACGUGUACGACGACGUCCACAACUUGACGGCCAGCAGUCUCCAGGCGCUUGCUGAGCUAAACCAACAAACCGCGGCGACACGAAAUGUCUCGCACCUAUUAGAGGGCCUAAGAAAGCAGGCGGAGGAAAAGGACAAACUAGAAGAGUACUUUCAAAACAUCACUUCCAUUGUCCACAGUCUUCGUUUGGACCUCGACAUCCAGGAAAGUGGCGAGGAGGAGCUACGGGGUCAGGUGAGAGACAUGACGAGAAACUUCACUGCCGUCAGCGACGAGGUGGCUCAGGCAGCGGCAAGGAUGGACGGUCUGCUGGCAGACUACCAAAACAUCACCAACUACCUGCAAGGUCGUGCAGACACAGCUUCUAAACAUGUCAUUAGACGUUCGGGAUCCGGAAGAUAAGCUGGACCUUCAGGGUCCCAGGAAUAGUACCUUCUCGUCACAACUGCAGAGCUUGACUUUGAGUUUUCAACGAUUUGGAUUGGAUCUCGAAAGGGUGAAGCAUGAUCAGGCAAAUGUUUCGAGCCACGUGCACUCAUUAGAGUCCGAGGCGUCGAGGGUCAAGACCAGGGUGGAAGGCCUAGAGUCCCAGGUGGCGCCAAUGGUCACUCAACACAUUAACACAACAGAGCAGCUCUCCGGCUUGCAUGGACAGGUAACCAACUUGAAUGCAUUCUUCCAGCAGCUUGAGUCCAAAGUCCAGCAACAGCAUGUCGAGGGGACUAACCUGGCAGAACAAGUGCACAUCCUGUCGUCUGCUAACGAUCAGCUGAAACAGCAGCAGACCAAUCUGAACAGCCUGGAACAGAGCCUAGGAGAACGUCUACAAAGUCUGGCCUCUGAUGUCCAAAGAAAUCACAAUGAUGUGUCUGCACUUUCGCAAGAAAAUUCACAGGUUGCUGGGAAAGUUGAAGCCAUCGUACAGCAGGUACAAAAGGUGACUUCAUGGAUGCCUAACGCCACGGCCCUGAUGGCGAAACUGGAAAAGCAAGCGGCAGUUCUGACACUAGAGGGCGCUGGCGUGAAGGAGGAGUUAGACAACCUGACGGUGAAGAUGGCGGCGGCCUACCAGAAUCUGCAGCUGCUGGGUGCUGCUCAACACAACGACACACUGCUCAUCCAGGCACUUGAGGGAGUGACUUCCAACCUGUCGAUGGCGAACACUGAUCACUCCUGUGCUGACGAUGAGCUGUCAGUAAAGCUACAAAACCUCACAGACACCUUACAGAGGGCUCGAGAGCUCCAGGACGCGAUACGGCGACCGGCCAGCUGUGAUGACGUCAAACAGUAUGACCUGCUCAACGGACUUCACACUCUCUAUCUUGCUGGAAAUACCGUGAUACCCGUCUACUGUGAUCAGACGACUGACCAGGGCGGAUGGACUGUUAUUCAGCGAAGGCAAGAUGGAAGCGUCGACUUCUACCGGAAGUGGGAGGACUACCAAAAGGGUUUUGGUGACCUAACUGCUAAUUUCUGGCUGGGUUUAAGCAAUAUUCACUUGAUGACAUCGCAGCGUGAGUGUAGUCUGCGCAUAGACAUGCGAGAUUUCCAUGGAAACACUUCAUACGCCAAGUACAACAUUUUCCAUGUUGCUGACGAGAAAGACUCGUACAGACUGCACGUGGACCAGUUCAGCGGAAAUGCUGGUGACAGCCUUGAGGUACCUGUCACUGGAGAUAACAGCAUGGCCUUCUCCACCUUUGACCGCGACAACGACAUCUACCGCUCGAACUGUGCGGACGAGUCUCUCUAUGCCGGCGGCUGGUGGUACGCCAGGUGCGGACAGGCAAAUCUGAACGGCAUCUACAAGUACAGUGCAGGAGUGGGAGUCAAGGGAAUUUUCUGGUAUACUUGGACUAACACCACCGCCUAUCUCAGUCAUGUCGAGAUGAAGAUCAAAUGUCAAAGCACAUAGACUCUCUCGCGAUUCAUGGACACACCAAAGCUUGCGCAAAGAUCGGUUUGAACACUAAAGAUAUUAAUACAACCAUUGGUAGGAUGUUUCCUAAAUGACCGUUGACUUGAUAUUUGGGCGCCUACUUCAGUCAUUAUGUAAAGGGAAAUGUUACCCUUUGACUGUGAUUAAUAAGACACUGUUUAGUCUUGCGACCAACCGAUGACAGUUCAUAUUUACGAUUUUCAUACUUACAAAAUGUUAACCCACAACAUGUGAGCAAAUAAACCACUUCUGUUCACGACUACUUGCCUUCAAACACCAGCCCACACCAGAUACGUGCCUUGUACUCGAAUAUGUAUUUUUGGAAAUUAGGUAACUCUUUAUUAUUAUUAUUAUUAUUAUUAUUAUUAUUAUUAUUAUUAUUA